AUCAUAAUUCAUAAUGAACGGCUUGAUUCGUGAACCCACACUCCAGAGUUUUGUUAUCACCAGAACUCUGGACGAAUCAAAACAGUACUUCCACCCGCCUCCCCUGAAAAGGUUAUUUAUUUUUCGUAAUUUCAGUAACCGCUAAACUUUCUCUUUGAUUUUUCCAUAUAUUCACCGCUUUCCAUUUUCAAACUUUCUGUCGCCUACAAAAAUCCCCCAAAAUCCCUCUUUUCCCUCACCACCCCAAAUCGCAAGGACGGCCUUUGUUUAUCUCUUCACUGCCUCUCCCUUUCUGUGUGUAGUUUCUGUUUCUGUUUUGUAAAAAUUCCAUGGCUGCUACCCAUCUCUCUUCGUCUUCUUCCCUAGAGAAGACCCAUCUUGUUUCCCCCUACCCAUCUCAAAAUCUCGUUUCUUUCUCUCCUAAAACCCUUCAAAACCCCUUCUUUUCUCCCAAACCAUCCUGUUCUCAAUCCCUCUCGCAAACCCAGAAAACUUUUCUUAAGCUCUCGUCCAAAAACCCCAUCUCCGAUUUAAUCUCUUUUGAACACAACCCAAGUAAGCCUUUCAUCCGUUCUGAUGAUGACGAUAAGCCCCGAGAAGAAUGCGGCGUUGUGGGUAUAUAUGGAGACCCUGAAGCCGCCAAGCUCAGUUAUCUAGCCCUCCACGCCCUCCAACAUCGUGGGCAAGAAGGCGCUGGAAUCGUCUCCGUCAAUAAUGACAAGCUCCAAUCCAUCACCGGAGUUGGCCUUGUUUCUGAGGUCUUCAACGAAUCCAAGCUGGGUCAACUACCUGGCGAUUCCGCAAUUGGGCAUGUUCGAUACUCCACCGCAGGCUCUUCUAUGCUCAAGAACGUUCAACCCUUCGUCGCUGGGUACCGUUUUGGCUCUGUCGGUGUUGCCCAUAAUGGAAAUUUGGUGAAUUAUCGAUCUCUAAGAGCGACCCUUGAAGACAAAGGUUCCAUCUUCAAUACCAGCUCUGAUACAGAGGUUGUUCUUCACUUGAUUGCAACGUCAAAAGUUCGCCCUUUCUUUCUCAGGAUCGUUGAAGCCUGUGAGCAGCUCAAAGGAGCAUAUUCGAUGGUAUUCAUCACAGAAGACAAGCUUGUUGCAGUGCGUGACCCAUAUGGGUUUCGUCCUCUGGUCAUGGGAAAGAGAAGUAAUGGUGCAAUCGUGUUUGCUUCGGAGACAUGUGCGCUUGACCUCAUAGAAGCAACCUAUGAGCGUGAGGUUAAUCCAGGCGAAGUGCUGGUGGUCGACAAAAGUGGAGUGAAAUCGCUAUGCUUGUUGUCUCACAAGGAGCAGAAGUCCUGUAUCUUUGAGCAUAUCUAUUUUUCUCUACCAAGUUCUGUGGUAUUCGGUCGAUCAGUCUAUGAAUCUCGUCAUGCUUUUGGGCAGAUACUGGCCACUGAAGCGGCCGUAGAUUGUGAUGUUGUGAUAGCUGUGCCGGAUUCCGGUGUGGUUGCGGCUCUUGGGUACUCAGAGAAGGCAGGUGUUCCCUUCCAACAAGGGCUGAUAAGGUCGCACUAUGUCGGGAGGACGUUCAUUGAGCCGUCCCAGAAGAUUAGGGACUUUGGAGUGAAGCUCAAGCUUGCACCAGUCAGGGCAGUAUUGGAAGGAAAGAGAGUUGUGGUUGUGGAUGAUUCAAUUGUGAGGGGUACUACAUCUUCCAAGAUUGUUAGGAUGAUCAAGGAAUCAGGGGCCAAGGAGGUUCACAUGAGAAUUGCUAGCCCACCAAUUAUUGGGUCUUGCUAUUAUGGUGUGGAUACACCCAGCUCAGAGGAGUUGAUUUCUAAUAGGAUGUCUGUAGAGGAGGUUAGGGAGUUCAUUGGGUCGGACUCACUGGCCUUCUUGCCUCUCAAGAGCUUGAAGAAGUUGCUUGGCCAUGAAUCUCCAAACUAUUGUUAUGCUUGCUUCUCUGGGGAGUACCCUGUUCUUCCUAAUGAAGUUAUGGUGAAAAGGGUGGGUAAUUUUGUGGAUGAUGGUUUGCAUGGAAGUUUAGAAUCAAUAGAUGGAGGUUGGGUUACUGCAGCUAAAAAUCUGACAGGGGGGAAGCUUAAUGGACCAAGAAGUGUUCCUCUGUCAUCCUCAUGAUGAAGAUUUUUUUCUUUCUUUUUCCUUUUAAUGGGAAAUAUACAGUCAUCAAUGGCUGUAAAUGUCUGCCCCUGCCACACUAAUCCCCUGUACUGUUCCCCGACACCCUCCUAACGCCAUCUGAAGGCAGUCUCGCUUGAGUGUGGCUGAAGAAAAACUGUCCCUUUUCUUAUUGGUUGAUGCAAAUAGUUAGGUAUCUUCUAAAAAGUCAAAAUUCCACACACAAUGUGUUCUGCUUCAGUUUUUUAAUUUCUUACAUUUCUUUUCAUCAUUUUACAUCCAACCAGAUGGAACCUGGGUAAUUAGAUUGAAAGUAACUCCUUGUUACUGGUUUAAUUUUCUCUUUUGUCCUCUAUUGUGUGGCCUUCACUUUUGUUCUAGAUUUGUGCUAUCAUUUGAUGAUCUAAUGAAGGUGUUUCUAUUUACCCUUAAAAAAAAAAAAAAUUCAUAUUUGUUUCCCUUUCCUUUAAUUCCUUAUUUGAUCUAGUCUGGUGGUUUGAAGUUCGGACUGUAUAGGGAAAAUAUAGGGAACAAGGGUUUGGGACUGCUUUUCAGUUGCACUUUCUCCUCUUUUCAUGCAUAUAUUUCAUCUAAUUGGUCAUAUGAUAUGGAAAAUAAGAAGGAUGAAAUGAAAGUAAGUAGUGACUCUGAAUAAUUCCAUACUGUGGAUGACUAAAGAAACCAAAAGCAUGGGUUCACAACUUUUAGGAUGAAGUUGCAUGAUUUACUCUAAUCCAAGAAGACCCAUGAGGAACAAGGGUUGGUCCACAGACCAAAGUGUGAACCUCAGAGUCGGUUGCAGCCAUCUGAGAUAGGUAGCUGAAAGAUUCAGUGUGGCAUUUUCUGUGGUGGGAUGUUAAAGUCAUUGAACCCUUUUGACAGCCUCAAGUGGCAUUUCUUGGAGAGUUAGUUCUCCUUCCUGCUUCCAUGACUGGGUUUAGCUUGUUUGUAUUUGCCUUACUAUUAAUUUUCUCUCAAAUAGAUUUUUAUUCACUUUAUAUGGUUCGUGGCAAUGAUGCUCCUGCUAGACUUACAUGUAUCAAUUUAUCAGGCUUCUAUGUGGUUGUUUCUGCAUUUUCAACCUGUGAAUAGGCCAUAAUUGUGUUCUUUUCCGUGUGGAUGAGCUAUCAACCUCAUUUCUCCUUUUCGCCUCGGUUCUCAAUUCUGUAACUGAAAUCGGUUCUAAUAGAUAUUACUGAUUUUUUUU